CAUUGUCUCGCGUCUAGAGCUGAUUUGGUUGUGCGAAUUUUCAAAGCAAGAACCUAUAGCCCUGUACUAUUUUUAAAUCUUUAUCAACUUUUACCUGCUUAAUCGCAUUGUAGAUAACAAUCCGUGCUGAAUAGGAUUAUUCAUGCUAAAACAAAGGUUGUCCCAGAGGCGGGGCCAGGGGGGUCAUGGCCUCCGACACAAUUCAGCAAAAUGCAUUGUUAAUAAUUGAUAAUCUUUAGGUUAUUAUGCUAAGGUCUCUCCGUUUUGAAUUCAAGUUGCCGCCCUUGCCUUAACUUCUCCGCUAAAUCUUCUCCGCUGAAAGAUAUCAAAUGACAUUUCAAUUUUGCUGCAUCUCAAAUUUCCUUCAAUAGGCUACAUGAAUUUGCUUUGCUUGGGUGGGAAUCUGCUUUUAUUAACUGGUGUUUUUAAUUCAAGACUGCUAUCCUCGAGAAUACCUUCAUUUUCACCAGUACGCUAUUGAAAUGCUUUAUUCCUCUAUGUCACAUUAUAUUAAAACUGGAGUUAUGAUUUGAAGCGGGUACCUGUUGCUGCCGUUUACGACGUGGAAUAAUUGAUCCAAACACAAAAUGCCUGUGAAUAGGAUUUUAAAAUGAAUCCUCAGUUUUUGCGGUGACCCAUUAUUGAUACGUAAACAAUUCAAUUAUUCCGCAGUCUUUAUUAAGUCUAUAGGGUGCCUAGUUAUGACCUCGGUUUUGCUUUAAACCGCUAUAUUACCACAUCUUUAUGGUGCUAGGGCUUCGGCUGCAGUUCAACAAAUUUGGACGCUCAUAAACAUGUAUGCUGAACAUAUACAUUAAGUGGUUGUUGAAUGAAUUGGAGAUGUCAGUUUCGAAAGUCCAGCUGUUGACAUGAAUGAAUGAAAGGAAGGACUCAUUGAAAAGUGUUCUCCAAGUCAUGGCGUCCGCCAUUGAAGAUGUAUCUCCGAUAUCAGACUUUUUAAAUAAUCUACAAAGCAAAGCAUAUCUGUGUGAUGUAGCUUUUGUCGUUGGCGAGGAAAAGGCAGAGGUUUAUGGUAUCAAGGCCAUUCUGUCCAUAAGAAGCAGUAUCUUUGCAAAUUUAUUUCAACUGCAAGCGAUUCAAACAUAUAACAGCAGAAAACUUAGGCGUGCCACAUCGCAACAGAAGCAAAUUAUUCACAUUAUUGGAAUGCCAAAUUACACGAGGGAAGAAUUCAGCGCAUUGAUGGAAUAUAUUCACUGUGGAGUUUGUGAUAUUGGACCUAAAAUCGUAAUUGGUCUCUUUGUAGCUGCAGACGAGUUCAAUCUAAUUAAUCUCAAAAGAGCUUGCGUUAGUUUUCUUGGACAACACCUGAACCUUGACAACGCAGUCUAUGUGUUUUCUGAACUUGAACGUUUUCAAGCGCGAGAUUGUGCGAAUGAACUAGAACCAUUGGUGUUCAAUUUCAUUAGGAGUAAUGCAGAUAAAAUAUUAUCCGAAGCCACCAUCGUAGUAUUAUCUAAAUCACAGCUUAUACGCAUAUUCUGCUUAGAGGGUCUUCAACUGCCUGAAGCAAAAAAAUUCUACGCGGCACUUAUAUGGACAAAAGCCCAAGUUCGGAAAAGCAAAAGUGCUACUGCAUCACUUCAGGCGACGUUUUCUCCCUUUCUAAACUUCAUAAAACUUACGAAAAUCCCAAUUCAGGUUCUAGUCGAAGACGUUAGGCGCUCGAGAGUUAUACCAGAGAGACUACUGGCCCAUGCAUGUGCCCAUAAUGAACUCAAAGAAUCAUUCAGCUCCACACAAGGACAGAAGAAUUACUCCGCUAGGAAACGGGAAGAUCUCUCUACGUUCAACCAGCCUUUCGUGGUUGGGAUCCACUCUUCGUCUUCUGGCCAGAGCCUUAGCAAUGGAAGACAGAUUUCUGAUAAACGCAGCUCCAAAAAGCUCGGGAAAACGUCAAAGAAUAGGUACGACGUGUCAUACCAGCAGAGUAUCGGCUAUUUAAAUGCUUCUUCAUCGAAACCCAGACUGACAAAGAAACCUUCACGGACUUUCUCUUUCACUAGUGCUGAUACUCAAAAGCCAAGCUACGCCUCAUCCAAGUCGGAAGCUCCAAGCCUGGCCUCUUUCAGGCCUAAACUUCUGCGAUCAUCGAGGCUAUUAAUCUCAAAUUCUCAGGAGAUGCCGGAACGAACGCCAUCGAGGCCCAAGCUCACAAAAUCUUCAAAGAUUUCCUCGUCCGCCCCUUUCUUAGACAUUUUGUUUUGAAUUGAAACUGUAUUCAAUUUAUUGCUUGCUGUUUUAUGUGUCGUGUCUUUCUAUUACUUGCUUGUUUCCUCUCGAGUCAAAAUAAUUAGGCCUACUUUCAUGUCUGCUAGACUUCUCGAAUCGAGUUAUAUGCUAAACGCUCACGUUUUCCACAACUUUAGUUUAAAAACGAUUACCACUUCAAGAAAUCUGCAAGUAAGCCUUUUAUCUUGUAGUGUUAUUUGAC